AUGGCGGCAGAUGACGAUGAUGAGAGUGGAUACAGAUGGUUAAAUCAGUAUGAAAAAAGUUGGUGAGUUUACUAACAUGACUACCAUAAGGUCAUAGUUAUGUGAAGCUAGUCCAGAUUGUACAGUAUGACAGCUUUAGACAAGAUCUCAGAUGUUCUACAAGACAAAACUUAAAGUUGUUAUGCAUGAGUCACUUCCAUGAGUAACCAUCCCCCCGGAAAUUGUAUAGCUGCACAUUUAUAGCAUUUCUUUUCAUUUUUUGUCCCGGCCGCGGGGAGAUACCAGGAAGGUAUCCAGGUAGCUGCCAAAAUAUGUCCAGCCCUGGUGCGCUAAUCUGUGUGCCCUGCAGCCAAUGUCUGGCAGUGUGGUGGUUACUCAUGAAAUUGACUCGUGCAUUAUUUGUCCAGUUACAGGAACCAAGAGCUUUGACUAUUUUGCAUGAAUUAACUAGGUUCAUUUAAAUGGCUAGCAGUUGUUUCACACAAUAAAUUAUCAUAAUAUGUGCAUUUUUGUGUAUGUAAUGAAUUGUCUAGUUGUUGACUCUCCUGUUGUUAUUUUAAUUUGUAACAGUAUGGAAACUUGUUUGGAUGGGACAGGGUAUAACACUUUUGGUAACCAGUAUCCAGAAUUGGGAUACUGGACUCUCAUGGGGGAUACUUUUCAAUCGUGGUUUCCCACUUGGAUAUUGACAAAAAAUCUAAAUUUCAGACCCUGGGUGGUGCUAUACCUCUCUAGGGGGUGGGGGUUGGGGUGCUAGACAUUGCUAGGUGUGGUGCACGCCCCUCUGUAUCCCUGUAGAUCAGUACCUGUUUUAACCAAAGAGUGUACAUAGAAAAUAUUUCAAAAAUCAAACAUUGAAAUGAAAAACCUAUAAAAGAAGUUAUUCUAUGAGAGAAAGUUCAUUAUUCUGACUACAAAAGUUCAUUGCUGACAUCUGAUAUGAAUUUGUGUGAUUAAUUCAACUGUAUUUUUCAAUCCAGGGAGGCCAUUCAGGAAGAUGCACAAGGAGGGUUGCAAUUUGUUGACGAUGAUUUCAUACAACGUGCCAGAAGACGCAGGUACACAUUGGAAUGUGCAGUAUCUCAAUUGGACUCUACAUUCGAUGUUAACAGAAUGCGCACUUGGAAUACCUACUGCUCUAAAUGUUGUUUGUUCAACUUAAACUGUUGCUCAUAAUCUAAACUAUUAAUUUUUAUAUAGUUGUGUUGACUGCCAACUCUUGCACACUCUCAUCCUCGUUUGAUCCCGGCUUUAAGAAGAAGAAGAAUUAGGAUUAUAUUUAAAUUCAGAGGAAAUUUAAUUCAUCCUUUUUUAAACUUUUGUUCUCUAGACUUCUGGCACAACCUGGAAACAUUCGUCUUGGCAUGGUUUGUACUUUUUGUUGUUAUAUUUAAACAUUUUAAGACUCUGGAAAAAAUAGUGAAAUCCAUAUGGAAAUUGCAGUUUGGAUUUCCAUACUAUUUCCGAGUAAGAUCCAUGCUAUUUUCAUAGUAAGGAUUUUGAGCUCUGGAUUACAGUAACACCAUUUCAUUGUAGAUGCGUCACUUGUAUAUCAUCCUUGAUCUGUCAAAGGCGAUGGAGGAAGCAGAUCUUAAACCAUCCAGGUUGUUUUGCACAUUAAAGGUAGAAUUAUGUUUAUAUUUUUUAAAGACUUUUACUGAGUAGUUAGAUGUGGAUAAGUUUUGUCUGUCAUCGUCUUGUUGUUUUUAGAUUGAAGCUAUUUUACGAUUAUAUAUUUUGUUCAUUUUAUUAGCUCCUGGAAAAUUUUAUUGUGGAAUAUUUUGACCAAAACCCGAUUUCUCAGGUAACGUACAUUCAGAUGUAUUUACCUUCAGUUGAUAGUAUUUCCUUUUGUUUUGAUAUACAGUAUAGUAACAACAUUAUAUCUUGUUUCUAGCUUGGAAUCAUUUCAACAAAUAACAAGAGGGCUGAAAAAUUAAGUGAGCUAAGCGGUAAGCAAAGUGGAAUGGCCUCUUGAGAAAGGAUUUUAUAAUUAUACCUAAACAAAACAGCCGAUUAAAUUAUACCUUGGGGUAUAAUUUAUGUAGUGAGGCCAGUUAUAAUGUGUAGCUCAAUGACAUGGGCAUUGUGAAAGGUAGGCAAACAGCAGCUGGAUAGAACUGCUGUCAACGCUUGGAAUAUCUUUGACAGAAUUAGGAAGGAACAGUGACAUAAUAACAGAGGUGGCUUGUUGCCAUGUCGAAGGAGACAAGAGAAAAAGAGUGUGAUGGCUUGGGUAAAUUGUGAGAAGGGAGUGGGAGUCACAGUAGCAUGGAUACCAAUCAUACCAUGCAGGAGGGUGAUGCGUUGCUGGGAGACAAUGGAUAAGAUGAAGAGACGUGGUGAAAGGAGGGUACUAAACUUAACACUUCUGCCGUCGUCAGAGCAAGCGCCUUUCACCUCUGAGAUUGUGGGUUUGAGUCUCGCUAUGGACUCAUGUGUGGACUUGUGUGAAAAGAGUUUGUCAACACUCCGCCGAAAGUCCUGGGUUUUCUCCGGGCAUGGAGACAUCCACUGAAAGACGAUGAGCAGUUGGGAGAGAAAGGAUGAGAUGGAGGAAUUGUUUAUGUUGGUGUUAACGGCCGAAGUUUUAUAAAUAAACAAAUAGAUUAUUUUAUUGCUGUUAUCGCGCCAACUCUAUCACAGUCUACUAUAUUAUAAUGACCUAUUGUUGACUUUGUGAAUGGAGUUGGUUCUCAACUUAUAAAAUUAUUUCAUUGUCACAAGACAGAUUAUCAUUUCUUAAUGAUUAAAUGCCAAAACACGUCAAAUGUAUUUUCUAUGUUUCGUAUCCAGGCAACCCACGAAUUCAUGCAUCUGCUCUGACACAAAAAGAAAAACCAAAUGUUUGCCAAGGUGAACCAUCCUUACAGAACGCUUUGGAGACAGCAAAGAAAUCUUUAAGGCAGGUCUACGUUUAAACGAAGGAAACUUAAAUUAACCUGCUGCUUUAAAUUCAAUCAAGAUUUGGUCUGGAAAACUGGGCUGUGUGUCACACAAAAGGAAUAUCUACAAAUAUAACUUCAAAUUUACAAGCUAUGUAACAUAAUUACCAAAUUUCAAAAUUGAGGUAGUUAUUAAGAAGUCUUCGAAAAGAAUAAAUAGAUUGACACUCCUCUACUGCUCGUAACGUAUCAGAUUAGUUUAUUCUAGGAAGCUGCUCGACGGUAAGAGAAAGUCUUUUUUAAAAAGUCUGUUUUGGGCUUAGAUUAUUGCUUCGUAAUUGAUAAUUGUGUGAGAUGCCCAAAGAAUCCUGAUAUUACAUUUAAUGCGUAUUUCCUCUUGACUGACAGCGGCAAAAAUAAAUGCAGCCAAUCACGAAUUCCCUGUCUUCUGGUGGAUGGUAUGUUCGCGGGUUAUGUAGUGGCAUGACACUACAUAACCCGCGAACAGGCAUACUCUGGGAACGAGAUUGGUCUUUCGUCUUCUUCGCCUCGCCCGGCUUUUUAGGUGUUGCGCGCAGGCUAACUUUUCACGUUUUUCUUUUUUGACCUAAAGGCAUCUUCCUGGUCAUGCAAGUCGUGAAAUCUUGAUUGUAUUUGGCAGUCUAACCACAUGUGAUCCCAGUGACAUCAUGGAAACGUUUGAGGUAUUUGUUUGAAUAAACGCCUCGGUGCUUAAUAUACCUUAUGCAUAAUGACGUCACAAGGCUUGAUGCCCGCGAGGAAUGCUAGUCUUGGUAGUCAUCGCCCGGGAAAAUUUCGAUAGUGGCCAUUUUGAAUUGUUUAAUUUUCCCGGGCGAUGACUACUGAGACCAGCAUUCCUCGCGGGCAUCAAGCCUUGUGACGUCAUUAUGCAUAAGGUCUAUUCUGGAUUUUGUCCGAUAAAAGUUGCUGACAAAGUGUCCGUCAGCUGAAAAUAUUUAUUUCAAGGCUUGUAUGAAGGUCUCGGUAUAAAGUGUUGUCAAUGUCGCUGUCGGCUCGACUGCACUUAUAACAUUGAUAAUCCUGGAUAUCACGGAAACCUCUGCAUCGAAUAACUGUUCAGUAAUUUUCUAUCUUCUGUAGUCACUUAAAGAGUGUAAAAUACGAUGUUCAGUUAUCGGUCUCUCAGCUGAAGUCAAAGUUUGCAAAACGCUGGCAACCACUACCCAAGGUAUAUUACCUUACACGUUAUUGAAUGCCAGCAUAAUAUGAAGAAUUAAGUUUGUAAUCCAUGCAAUCAAAAGAAUGAAUUGAAAAGGCUGCUCUAUCCCAGGGCCGGCAGAAAGUUGCCCGAGGACAUAUACUUACAUUUUUCGCAGUUGUUUCUGGUUAGGUGUAAUAAAUGUAUAUAAAAUUUCCACUCCAUAAUUUCCAUCUUCAAAACCCUUCAACUAUCUGACAGUUAUAUUUUUCCUGUAUUUUAGGAACUUACGAUGUAAUUUUAGAUGAGAAACAUUUCAGAGAUAUUUUGAUGCAACACGUUAUACCGCCCGCUGCCAAAGUAUGUUAGCCUGGUUUCGAACGUCGCAAUUUGCAUUUGUCGAAUUCAUUGCUUUGAAUUAGGACGUCUUACGCCUGUAUUCUAAAACUUGGACUCAAUGUACAUCAAAUUGUCUGGUACUUUGAUAAUUCAUAAAACACCUUCUACCGUUGCACCCUAUGAAUUCAAAUCGCGCUCUAAGCCUUUUGUGCGUAAGCCAUUUUUAAACAACCCGCCUGCACUCGGAAAGUUACUUUUCAAAAAAUUUUAAUAAAUAGGUGGUAAAGAUUAGUGCAUGCACACCCCAAACUACCCAUGCUUUCAUAACGUUUUCACAAAUUUUGCGAACAUUUUUUAACUGUGCAGUUUUUUAUACACCCUCAGUCUAUACAAUUCCAUCAUGUUGAAAUAAAUGUUGUGAAUGAAUUGAAUUGGUCCCUUCCCAAAUUUGUCGACUGGAAAUGGAAAUGAAAACUAUUUAUUUAUAAUGGUUUCAAGCUGUUUUUCUUGUGCUCUCAAGAACAUAAAUGGGGGAAUGUCUAUAGAAGACAGAAGUAUUUUUAAAAAUUAACUCGCUAUAAAAUUUUCAUCUGAUUUUUUCCAGGCUGAUGCAGAGGCUGCUCUUAUACGAAUGGGUAAGUCAGUGUUUUUGAAAGGCCAUGUUCAAGGCCAUGUUUACACGAGGCAAUAUUUCCUGCAACACGUAACGCAAUAUCUGACGCAGAGUAAGCCUUCGACUGGAUCAGGUUGAGCUGCGUUCUUCGUAAUUCAGCUUCGCUCUCAGCUGCAAGUAAGGAUAAUUAGCACACCACACUUUCGUUGCGUUACAUUUUAACAAAACAUUCUUUAAUAUUCAAGGUUUUCCACAACAUCUGAUGAGUUCGACACCGUCCUUAUGUUUGUGGUAAGUAGAAAACCUUCUUUUCCUUCUGGUCUCAGUUCAAGCCUCACCAGAAACCUCAAGAGACUGUCAGCAACAUUGACGUUUAUGCUUAGUAGAUGUCUAUCCAGUUAUUCCGGUCGUAGUUUUGAGAUCAGUGAUCACUUUUCACUACCAGUGAGCUCUCUAUAUAUAUAUCUGGAGUGAGAACUGAAGUCCAAACAGUGAAGCUUCGUGUUAACCGCGCGGACAAAAACAAUAGAAAGGGACUGGAACGGACGUCCAAUAGCUCCUUCAAUUUCCGCCAUCUUGGCAAGGAGUGUGCCAAAAUUCCGUAUUUUGACAUCGAUUUAAAGAAUAACACUAUGCUUUUACGAACUGAUGACUUGGUUAGGGAGAAGGUCCGUUAGAAAAAAAAACCUGUUUACGACCUUCAGAGCUGUUGGACGUCAUUGGCCGCCAUUUUGGCUUCACUUUUCUCAUAACUGAAGUUCUUGCUCCAGAUAUAUAGGUAGCUCAGUGUUCACGAUACAAAAAUUCGUCACUUCACAUUUCCCGGGAAUAAAUGUUAGCAACUCGCGGUGACGAAAAUAACCUUCACCACCCUCAGUUUUACCCCUAUUACCCCUCAACGUCAUUUUUUUCGUUUAGUCAUUUAGACAGUGAAUGGAACAAGGAAAUCAACAGUUCAGGUUAUUUUUGCCCACAGGUAAAGUAUACUCUUCUCUGCUUUAUGUCACUUUAUUUAUUCCCGGACGAGAUUGGUGAACGCGGGUUACCCACAUAGGCGCACCUAUACCUCAAAAACAUCAAGCUUCUUUUUUAUGAUGAAGACAAAACAAAACAAUUUGCAGAAAAUGACCAUUUCAGAGGUGAAAGGCAGUUCUGAGGAUUGCGCGAUCGAAGCUCCAUUGUCAAAGCUUGUAAAAUCAUUAAUAAUAUAGAUGAAAAAAUGCAUUCUGUUAUUGUUUCAGUGUAACAGCAAGUAUUGUGACCUACCUGUCCAAUGUAAAGCUUGUGGUAAGUUUGUGUGUCAUCUAGCCCACUCAAUCAUCGAGAAAGCAAUGUGUAUUUUGUUAUAUCGUCAGCCUCUUAGCAUAAUUGUCUAACUCAUUUUGGGCCAAAAUGCGUUUUUUGCCUCAGAAAGCUUCUUAUAUUCCGUAAACAACAUUUCUCUAUGUCACGAGCACGUUGUGGUUUGCAUAACUUUUUUUUUCUGUUUUACUCAAAACUUUAAAAAAUGAGUUUAUGAGUUUAAAUGAGCAAUUAUGCUAGGAGGCUGACGAUAUGUAAUUUAAGCAAUACAGUAUGUGAUAUUUGUGUGUUUAUUGGUUCUGACGUAUUGAACUUUAAUAGCGGCGGCUUGAAGGCAUCGAAAGAACUCGUGGUUUUUCCGUAAUUACAAUUUAGUAUUCUUGGGUUUCGAUUUUUAAUAAACGAUUUUGCUUUUAUUACUUUCAGGUCUAACACUUGUGUCCGCUCCACAUCUCGCAAGAUCAUUUCAACAUUUGUUUCCACUGGCGCAGUUCACUGAAAUAACCACAGAUGAAGAAUCUCAUCAGAAGUAAGUUUUAACAUUUUAAACAUUUUCCUUUUGUCGUGAAUAUAAAGAUUUUGCUGCCAUCUCACUCGAUUGAAUAAUAGUUGAAGGCUUUUCUACAUGGAAAUUAUCGAGUGGAAAUUUAUGUACUAUUUAUUCUACCUAACCAGGAACAGCGGCGAAAAAUGCAACUAUAAUCCCUGGCAGGAAUCAGAACUGCGGCCCUUUUGCUUUCGAGCACAUAAUCUCAAAGUGUAUAUUUUCUUCUGAUGCGGCAUUUUUCGUAUUUUCACUUUCCUAUUUAGAAACUGCUUUGGCUGUGAAUCACUCCUUAGCAAAAAUUUGGUAAGUGUUCUUUGCUUUUGACGUAUUGUACUUUGAUAUCGUUUUCUUGUGCAAGCCUCAUGUCUUGUAACAAGCCACCGCGUGUUGUUGAUCCCUUAGCGUAUAAAAACGUUCGCACGUAUUUGCCGGUCCAUCUUCAUUGCUGUGAUCUGUUAUCUUAUUUGUAAUCUUUAAUCAUCAUUGAUCAUCAUCAUCAAUCAAUCAUCAUUGUUCAAUUAAACAUUAAUCAUAAUUGAUCGUCAUUGAUCAUCAUCAAUAAUCAUCAUUGAUCAAUUAAUCAUCAUCAAUCAUCAUUUAUCAUCAUUGAUCAUCAUCAUCGAUCAAUCAUCACUGAUCAAUUAAACAUCAAUCAUAAUUGAUCGUCAUUGUCAUCGUCAACAAUCAUCAUUGAUCAAUAAAUCAUCAUUUAUCAUCAUUGAUCAUCAUCAAUCAUCAUUGAUCAAUUAAUCAUCAGUCAUCAUUAAUCAUCAAAUCAUCAUCAAAAGUCAUCCCAGACCUGUUGGAUCAACUGUUGUGAGUCUGAUCAACCUUGUUACGAGACUCUAACAAUUUAUUCCAGCCAACAACUGCGCACAAGCAGUGCAUCUUAUUGAUAAGCGGUGAGAUUUCUAUGCAUGUAGAAUGAAGGGUCACCUUUAGUAUCGAUCAUUCUCACGUAUGCCGUGUCCGUCUCUUGUUUUACAGAUCUACGAAUGUCCAGAGUGUUCCAAAAGAUUUUGUUUCGAGUGUGAUCUUUUUAUUCACGAAACGUUACAUGUGUGUCCCGGAUGUUCGUCCACCACAUCAAACGCUGUUAUUAUUAAAACUUGA